AGAUCACUGCCCUCUCCAUUCUUUCAAUUCCAAGGAGAAAUGGUUGUAAAUGACUUGUAUGUUCCGUCGUCACCAAGUCUAGCACCCAUGAGAAGCCGUAGCAAGUUGGUUUCGAGACCAUCUCGAUCUUUUCUGCUAAGGCACCGUCCUGUACCAGAGAUUCCAGGGUCUACUAAAGGAAUUUCAGCGAGCUAUUUCCGUGAGAGAAGAAAUGUUCCUACCUCAACUGGAAAGUCUGUGACACAGGAAAAUUCAAAUGAGGAAAAUUCAUCUUCCAUUUUUCCUUAUGGAGAGACCUUUCUCCUUCAGAGACUAGAAAAUUCCAAGAAGAGAUCUAUCAAGAAUGAAUUUUGGACUCAUGAAGGAACACUCAAAGGGGAAACAACUACUGAAAAAAACUCUUUUCUUAUGAAGUCAAGCAUAUAUGAUAACAGGAAGGAACAUAUAAGUGAAGACAAAGCAGAAGAUAUUUGGAUACCUCGAGAGGACAAAAUUAGUUUUCCAGUAGAUUCUGCUUCAGAAUCAGAAUAUUCAACAGUAGAAGAAUGCUUUCAGAGUUUAAGAAGAAAAAAUUCAAAGGCAUCUAAGUCUAGGACUCAAAAAGCAUUGAAUUUGGACCCUGUUAAUAGGCACAGUUAUCCGUUAAGCUCAACAAGUGGAAAUACUGAGUCCUCAGUAGUUUCCUCAAAUGCAAUAUCUCCCUACGCCUGCUUUUAUGGGUCCUCGGCAAGGAAGGUUAAGUCCGGAUGGCUAGACAAACUCUCCCCUCAAGGAAAACGCAUGUUUCAGAAGAGAUGGGUGAAAUUUGAUGGCUUUAGCAUUUCUUACUACAAUAAUGAAAAGGAGAAGUAUUCAAAAGGAAUAAUUCCCCUUUCUGCUAUAUCUACGGUACGCGUUCAAGGAGACAACAAAUUUGAAGUUGUUACGACACAAAGAACUUUUGUUUUUAGAGUAGAAAAAGAAGAGGAGAGAAAUGACUGGAUCAGCAUACUGUUGAAUGCACUGAAAUCGCAGUCCCCUGCCUUGCAGUCUCAAGCAGCUACUGCACCUGAGAAAUGUGGAUAUCUUGAAUUGAGAGGGUACAAAGCCAAAAUUUUUACUGUGUUAAGUGGAAACAGCGUGUGGCUUUGCAAAAACGAACAGGAUUUUAAGAGUGGACUUGGUAUUACCAUAAUUCCUAUGAAUGUCGCAAAUGUAAAGCAAGUGGUCCGAACUGUAAAACAGUCUUUUGAAAUAAUCACUCCCUACAGGAGUUUUAGCUUUACAGCCGAGUCUGAAAAAGAGAAACAAGAGUGGAUUGAAGCUGUGCAGCAAUCGAUAGCAGAAACUCUCUCUGAUUAUGAAGUAGCUGAGAAGAUUUGGUUCAAUGAGUCCAACAGGAGCUGUGCAGAUUGCAAAGCCCCAGAUCCUGACUGGGCGUCCAUCAAUCUCUGUGUUGUCAUCUGUAAGAAGUGUGCAGGACAACAUAGAUCUUUAGGACCAAAAGAUUCCAAGGUUAGAAGUCUAAAAAUGGAUGCCAGCAUUUGGAGCAAUGAACUCAUUGAGCUCUUUAUUGUCAUUGGAAACAAAAGAGCAAAUGACUUUUGGGCUGGUAAUCUUCAAAAAGAUGAAGAAUUACACAUGGACUCACCUGUAGAAAAGAGAAAAACCUUUAUCACUCAGAAGUACAAAGAAGGAAGAUUCAGGAAGACUCUGCUGGCAUCUCUCACCAAAGAAGAAUUAAAUAAGGCUCUGUGUGCUGCUGUAGUGAAACCAGAUGUUCUGGAAACAAUGGCUUUGUUGUUCAGCGGGGCAGAUGUCAUGUGUGCAACUGGAGACCCUGUGCACAGCACCCCCUAUCUGCUGGCCAAGAAGGCUGGGCAGAGUCUGCAGAUGGAGUUUCUCUACCAUAACAAAUUCUCAGAUUUCCCUCAACAUGACACUCACUCUGAAGGUGGAUUAGGUCAAGAGCCCUCCCAGUCCACGUUCCUCUGUGACUUUUUGUAUCAGGCUCCUGCUGCUGCUUCUAAACUCUCUUCAGAGAAAAAACUGCUUGAAGAGACAAAUAAAAAGUGGUGUGUUUUGGAAGGAGGCUUCUUGAGUUACUAUGAAAAUGAUAAGUCUACGGCACCUAAUGGCACCAUUAAUAUCAGUGAAGUGAUCUGCCUGGCUGUCCACAAAGAGGACUUCUAUUUAAAUACCGGGCCCAUCUUUACCUUUGAGAUCUAUUUACCCUCAGAACGUGCAUUUUUAUUUGGAGCAGAAACAUCUCAAGCUCAAAGAAAAUGGACAGAGGCAAUAGCCAAGCAUUUUGUUCCCUUUGUUGCUGAAAACUUAACAGAAGCUGACUAUGAUUUGAUUGGUCAACUCUACUACAAAGACUGCCAUACCCUGGAUCAGUGGAGAAAAGGCUGGUUUUCUAUGGACAAAUCUAGUUUGCGUUUCUGUCUUCCAAUGCAAGAAGUUCAGGAAGAUAGAAUGCAUUUAAGAAGACUGCAAGAGCUAACAAUCAGCACAGUGGUUCAAAAUGGGGAAAAAAUAGACAUCUUGCUCUUGGUAGAAAAAGGGAGAACAUUAUACAUCCAUGGGCAUACCAAGUUGGAUUUCACAGUCUGGCAUACUGCAAUUGAAAAAGCAGCAGGUACAGAUGGUAAUGCAUUACAAGAUCAGCAGCUCAGCAAAAAUGACGUUCCCAUUAUUGUGAACAGCUGUAUAGCAUUUGUUACACAGUAUGGUUUAGGAUGCAAAUAUAUCUAUCAAAAGAAUGGUGAUCCUUUGCAUAUAAGUGAACUCCUGGAGAGUUUCAAAAAGGAUGCAAGAAGCUUUAAAUUGAGAGCUGGAAAACAUCAGCUUGAAGAUGUGACAGGCAUAUUGAAAAAUUUUCUCUCUGACAUUGAUGAUGCACUUCUUACUAAAGAGCUCUACCCAUAUUGGAUCUCCGCUUUAGAUACUCAAGAUGACAAGGAAAGAAUUAAAAAGUAUGGUGCAUUUAUACGUUCUCUUCCAGGCGUCAACCGGGCAACGUUGGCAGCUGUAAUUGAACAUCUUUACAGGGUGCAGAAAUGCUCAGAAAUCAAUCACAUGAAUGCCCAUAAUUUGGCCUUGGUCUUUUCAUCCUGUUUAUUUCAAACUAAAGGACAAACUAGUGAAGAAGUGAAUGUAAUUGAGGACUUAAUUAAUAAUUAUGUUGAGAUAUUUGAGGUUAAAGAAGACCAAGUCAAACAAAUGGACAUAGAAAAUAGCUUUAUUACCAAGUGGAAAGACACUCAAGUUUCCCAGGCUGGAGAUUUGUUAAUUGAAGUGUAUGUAGAAAAGAAGGAACCUGACUGCAGUAUUAUAAUUCGGAUCUCUCCUGUGAUGGAAGCAGAGGAAUUAACUAAUGAUAUAUUAGCAAUAAAAAACAUAAUUCCUGUGAAAGGUGAUAUUUGGGCCACAUUUGAAGUCAUUGAAAAUGAAGAGUUAGAACGCCCUCUUCACUACACAGAAAAUGUGUUGGAACAGGUGCUUCGGUGGAGUUCACUAGCUGAACCUGGCUCCGCUUAUCUUGUGGUGAAGAGAUUCUUAACCAUCAACACAGUCAGACACUAUAAUGAAAGGAGGGCCCUGGAAAGUAUCAAAGAAGGAGUCUUGAAAAUUAAAGAAGAACCAUCUAAAAUACUGUCUGGAAAUAAGUUUCAAGACCGGUAUAUUGUUUUACGAGAUGGGUAUCUGUUUCUCUACAAGGAUUCAAAGAGUAGCAAAUAUGAGAAAAUGUUUUCCCUCAGUUCAAUGAAGUUUUAUCUUGGAGUGAAAAAGAAAAUGAAGCCUCCAACAAGUUGGGGAUUGACAGCAUAUUCCGAAAAACAUCACUGGCACAUUUGUUGUGAUAGCUUACAAACUCAGACUGAGUGGAUGGCCAGUGUCUUCAUUGCCCAGCAUGAAAAUGAUAUAUUGCCACCAGCUGGAAAGGAACGAAAACGUUCUAUAACCAAAAAUCCCAAAAUCGGAGGUUUGCCUCUAAUUCCAAUCCAGCAUGAGAAAAGCGCAAACCAAGCCAGGAAAAAUAUUGAGAGUGCGAGAGCAGAGCUGGAGCGGCUGCGGCUCAGUGAAAAGCAUGACCAAGAGUUUGGGGACGGCGACUUGAGGGAGAGAGCCUCCAUGGUGGCCCAGUGCCUGGAGCACAAGGACGAGAAACUUCGAACUCGAACCAGAAAACAUCGGAGUUUCAACUGUCUGGAGGACACAGAGGCUGAGGUCCCUCACGGGCAACAGAAAAGCCAGAAAGCCCUCAAGACGUUGAGGAAGACUGAGGACAGGAAUGGCAAAGCUGUUUUAGACUCUGAUAGUAAGUUACCAUCCAAGGUCAUUGAAGAACUUAGCCUGGUUCUGCAGCGGACAAGAGCCCUUCCAAAAGACUUACAGGUUCCUCGUAGGUGGCUGCUGAGAAGAAACCUGCACUGCACUGAAGACAUUGUACACGGGACCCGGCAUGGUUGCCAUUUGCACUGUUGCUGUAUACGUUUUUUUUAAUGCCUUACCAUGAUUUUUGUACAAAUUCAUUAUCGCAGGGUUUUGUUAUUUUGAUUUUUUAAAUUCUUACUGCUUUACUUUUGUAAACACCUUUUGUAUUUCAUCUCGUUAUUUUAAGUAUGGUGGUCUCUUUCUCUGUGACAUCAGAACUAACUGGAAGUAUACAACGUAUGGCCAUUUUAGAGUGCAGAUAGUUUACCCCACUUUUGGCAGCUAUGGUUCACAUUUAAUCAGUCUCCUUAUUUAAAAAAAAAAAAAAAAGGAGUCUCCUUCCUGUGCCUAAUAAGUAAUAACAAAGUCCUCUGUUUUUUGCCUCCACCUUAGGGUCAACUACUGAGUUGGUGAUUUUCCAACAGACAAUACUGUCUAAUUAUAGUUCACAUUAGGGAAAGCACUUUUCAUCCCUUUCCUAGGAAUUUUAUUAGGUCUGAGGAGUUUUGAUUACAAUUAGCGUAUAUAGCUAGGCUGCCCCCCUUUUCAGGGUCUUCUUCACAGUCUGUUAUACGAAGGCCCAUACUUUCGUUAAGUCCAGUCAUUGUAUAGGAAUGUACUCUUAAAUACUCUGAAUUUCUUCAUUGUAAAAUCCUGAUCACUUCUAUUUGGUGGUGAUAACAUAGUUUGCCAUGGGUGUGUGAUAUUUAUUCUUUAAAUCUAUAUCGAUUAGAUUUUUUUUCCAAAAGAAACUGCAGGUCAGUUUAUGAAUUUCAAGGUGGCACUACUGGGGAAUGUUCAUUUAAAGCAAGAAAUCGGGAUUUAGGGGAAAUUAUCUAAAACUAUUAUCCUUAAUAAGUUAUAAUAUUUAUGAAAUGAGGCAUAUGACCAUAUUUGAACAUGGGGGGAAAAGUAUCUGGAGUUUCUUACCUGCCUUCUCUGAAGAUUUUUGAAACUUGAGCUUAAAAUUAAGUAGCUCUGUUUCCCUUCCUUCAUGUAUAAUUGUCUCCAUUUUUCAAGAGUAAGAUAAGGGCUAAUGAUGAUGUCUCAUAUUUUGAAUAAAAAUUUUACAAGUCCACUGGAA